AUUUGAAGCAGAAACUUAUGAUCGACGGAGCAAUAAGUCACGACACCUGAAAAACAAAGUAGCAGAUCAUGGGUGCUCUAAAGUUAUUCUUCUGUGUGUUUGCAUGCUGUUUUUACUCAACAAGCAGUGAAGGCUAUAAUAUUAGCCAAUAUGACUCAACAAGCAGUGAAGGCUAUAAUAUUAGCCAAUAUGAUCAGGACACAACAACAAAAAAUAAUUCAUUCAUUGAAUCGAAUGAAACAGGAGGCACAACCAGCACUUUGACUAUCGUCUUUGUUGUAGUUGGUAUUAUUGUUUCCAUUGGUAUUGGUGUCUGCAUUUACAAGUUCAGAACAAGUAAAAAGAACUAUUCAAGGUCCUUUUCAUAUCAAGGCACAACAACAGAAGAAAUUGAAGGACAAACGGAUUAAGUCGAUUAUAUCGACCCAGUGUGUAACUGGUACUUAUUUAAUCGAUCCCGAAAGGAUGAAAGGCAAAAUAGACCUCGGCGGAAUUU